AUGACCUGGCUCUUCCACUCCCAUGACACCUUUCUGUUCACUCCACCUCUGCCAGUCCACACCGGGCGGUGACGCAGUGGCAGCAGCAAGUGUCAGGUGUCUGAAGGUUUCACAAAAGGAGUGACUCAACGGAAGAUUGCACAGGUACUCAGGUCGUUGGCAGAGAUGGCAACCGGUCCGUUCAAUCGACGGUCCUGGGCGACACAGUCUUUGCGUGUCACUGCGAAGGAGCUGUCACUGGUCAGUGUCCGAGGGAAAAACACAGCCAUUGCUGAACGCUUCUCCAAGUAUCAGAGAGCUGCUGAGGAGUUAAGUACAGAGAAGAAAAAAGGAUCUUUUGAGAGUGCGACGCCCUCCCUGCGGUCAGGCAACCUGAGUGCUCUUAAGAAGCGCUGGGAGCAAUCGGAGAACCUUGACCGCAACAAACCAUCGUCCUCCGUCCCACCUUCAAGCCAAACUAGCUCUCGCUGUAGGCCCCCUGCCCUCGCCAGGCCUCCUUCUAUCAGUGAAACCCCCCCUCCAUUAAAGAGCCCUGUCCUGCUGACAGCUCAGCGAGGUCAACCUACAGCCAGUCGUGUCCAGCAGCCCUCAGCAGCUCCUGAAGCAUCCAAAGCUGAAGAACAGAGAGGGAUGGACAGGGAUGAGGUGACACACAGUGAAAGACCUGAAAAGCUUGAAGAGCAAGUUCCAACCAGCCCCUGUGCCUCAUAUGAAAAACCCAGAGUGCCACUGAACAACCUGAAGAUGAAGUUUGAGAGGGGAGAGGACAACAUGGGAAAGGGCAGCAGGACAACACUACGCAGUACUUCAUCAGACGACAUGGACCAACGCAGUGGUCUGUCUCCAUCUGACAGAGUGCUGGAGUCGACGUCCCUGAGGGAGAAGAUGGCGAAAUACCAGGCUGCUGUUUCUAAACAAGGCACCACACGAUCUGGUGUGGCCCCAGAGGUGGCUGCUCCAAAAACAUCUGCAACUGUUCCUCAGAAACACGUUCCUGCACCUGAGUGCAAUGGUGAGAACGGCGAGCCAUCCAAAGCAUCCAGGAAGUUCUGCCCACCCGUGAGGGAGACGUGCGUCGCUUGUUUAAAGACAGUGUAUCCUCUGGAGAGACUGGUGGCUCAUCAGCAAGUCUACCACAAGAGCUGCUUCCGCUGUGUUCACUGCAGCACAAGGCUCAGUCUUGGGAACUACGCCUCUCUGCAUGGUAAUGUUUACUGCAAGCCCCAUUUCAGUCAGCUGUUUAAAGCCAAAGGCAACUAUGACGAGGGCUUUGGCCAUCGCCCUCACAAGGAGCUGUGGGAACCUCGAGUCGAUGGAGAAGAAGGUGAAGAAGUGGUGAAGCCAAAAGAACCAGAGGAACCAGUGGAACCGGUGGCAGUUACGCGUCCAGCUGAGAGCAUCUCCGACACGCAGCCGACCCAAGCUGUGGAAACAUCCCCACAGGUAAAAGUUACAGACAUGACCGCCUUACUGGAGACACGCGUGCAGACAGAUGCCAGCUCCGGUGAGAAACAUCAGCCUACAGAGAGGCCAGCCGAGACACGCAAGCUGAGGAUCGCUUGGCCUCCUCCGGCUGGUGAGAGCCAAUCUGGGACAGCAGCACUUAGUCCAGUCACAGAUGGAGGGACCUCAAACCGACCCUGGAGAGCCAAGUGGCCCCCAGAGGAAGAGGUAGCAUCAUCCUUCCAGAGCUCGGAGCGGGUUGAGCUGAAGAGCCUGAGGAGGAGCUCUUCCCUAAGAGAGCGCAGUCGGCCUUUUACAGUCGCAGCUAAACCCACACCUGCAGCCAGUCUGGCACCCAGGGAGCCUCGUCGCCCUCUCAAGUCCCUACUGGAAUGGAGAGCAUCAUUUGAGGAAAAAAACCCAUCUGAAAAAUCACCCAAAGAAAAUAAAGCAGAGCAGCAGCAGGUGAAACAGCAGGAGAAGAAAGAGCAGAAGGUGCCUCAAAGUGAAGACCCAGCAAGUGCAAGCGAGACCAUCUCAGAGGAGGUCGUGGAGACUCUGCACAAGCGGCAGGAAGAAAGAGACGAGCAAGUACAGAAAGAAAACCUCUCGGCGGCAGCAGCAAAGACGGCUGUGGAAGAGGGCUCUCUGAGAAGCAUCUCUCCAGAUAUCUCACCGUCCCCCUCUCCACCUCUGCAGCCAAAAGAGAACCGCGCCUCCCAGGAUGUUGGCUUCUGGGAGGACGACAAAGAAGGAAGUGAUGCUGAGGAGCUGAGUGCAGAGGAUAUAAUCAAGAGGAACCGCUACUAUGACGAAGAGGACUCCGACUCAUAGGAAUAUCUUGUCAGUUUUGUCUUCUCAGUUUAGUAGUAAUAGCUUAUAAAUUUAGCUUUGCCAGAUUUUAGUGUUUUGAGAGGUUCAGCAAUGUGUAAAAGGUGUGUGUGUAUGUGCAUAUAUGAUUCAACAACUGCCUUUAAUUACUAAAGUACAAAUGUUUUUUUUACAUUUUAAUUAUAUACUGUAAAAAAUAUCUAAAACAGCUUUUAUAUGACUCCUGAUUAUACUGGAAGGUGGGAAUCUAUUAAAGUCAAUCAGUGCAUUUCUGGAUCUCAUCUUCUGAUAAUUAUAUGCAUCAUUAGUGGUGUAUUAUUUUCAGGUGGUGUGUCCAAAAAGCAGUAUACUUUGUGACACAUAAAAGUGCUUUUUAAUUGUAUUGUUUUGCCCUUCCUUUAAUGCAGAACAGACCUUCACAAAUUUCUGUUUCAUAUAGCUUUUGUUUUUACAAAUUGCCAGCAUCGUACAGACCAUGUCUUCUCUCAGGGAUGAAGACACUGUACCACACGUGCAGCUGCCUUCGUAUGGUCUUCGUCUCAUUGGACUCAGUACUGUCCUACUUUGGUUUUACUUUCAGCCUAGUUGGAUAUUACUUUGAAUUCCCCUCCUGCGGUAAAGUUGUGCCAGUUCACAUGGUGUCAGUUUAAUGCUUUGACUGUUAAUGAGCCUUUACCUUUUCCCAGCACCUGAAUAAUCAUAAGAUGCACAUACAGAGGAAUCACUAAGCAAUAAUAACUCUAUCCUGCAGGGGGCUCCCUGGUUUUGUAAAAUUGCAGCUGGAGCUGUAAGGACAAAGACGUUUUCUUAAUCAUAAGUGUAACUGUGUGAAAUAGCCUAUAUUAUCUGGUGGGAGUCAGAACCUUUCCACUAUAAUUCUGUCAGAAAAGCUAUACAUUUAUUUACAUUUUUUUUGUAACAUGUUCCUGGUUAAAACUGUUCUAAACACCACAGCAAAAGGAGAAAAUAUAAAUAAAUAAUAUAAAAUUUCA